CCACAGCAAGUUAUAAACACCAGCUUUGAGAGAUGAGGCAGCCCAGCCUGCUUUUCUUAGCUCUCUGUCUUUCGUUUUCCUCGGCGAAAAAGUGCAGAAAUGGACAAGAAAUUAAGUUAGUUGGGCCCGUAAACGUGGACGAGGAGUUGGGAUUUUUGCUCCACGACGGCGAAUUCUACUUUGAAGAGGCUUAUUUUAAAGAAGGCGGGUCUUACUACAUCUGUCCUUGCGACCAAAAACCGUGCAUCCGAUCCUGCAAGGCAGAUUAUGCCAGAGUGACGAAAUUGAGUUUGCCAAAACGAGGCAUGAAGUUAAACGUUACCAAGGACAAUGAAGUUCAUUCGGUUGAUUUGUACAAUUAUUUCGCCGUGCUGAAAGAAGGAGAAUGUUGGUCGGCGCAUUUUCUGGACGGCGACGAGGAAGAUGCACACACAAUUUUGGUGGACGGUUCUAUAAAAUUUACAAACAGUCUACCAGGGUACCCAUCUACCUUUGACAUGCAAAACUACUGCAUUCUGAGCGACGAAAAUCAAAAGGUGCGUGUUAUUAGCUGCGCCACAAGCGAAAAGCCAGAAAUUGAAGAAUCGCAAACCCAGGAACCAUCCACGAUUGAAGCAUUCCCUUCUUCAACUACAAAGACCUCAAAAACGAAAUCAUCAGAAAUGAAGCAAACGACCAAAAGGUCAAAAUUUUUCUUAUUGAUGAUGUAUUCGGAAUGAGCAAAUCAAGAGCCAAUUUAAAAAUUUCAAAUUAUAAAACAAAUUUCCGGCGGCCUCUUUUUUUAUUUUUUAAAAUAUAUGGUGGUUUUUAAAUGAACAUUCACCUAGUAUAUUCAUUAAUAUAUAAAAACGAACAUAUUUUUUUUACCCUUAUUUCAAUAU